AAAGACAGCAGCUGCAUUCGAGGGGGUCAGGUGGUGCUAUUGCUCUGUAACAAGGGAGAUGGGGAGGAAAUGUAAACGGAUAUCAGUUGGAGCGGAGCUGUGGAGGGAAACGCUCUAGGGGAUAAAGUGGUGGGUAUUACUGGUUCAUGAAAAUGCUACCUAAGCAGGCUUUUCAGGGAAGGCAGGAUUCCCAACCAUAUAAAGCUCAGAAAGAUCGAGUGGGAGGGGCGACUGCUGAGCAUGUAAUCACGGCGGAAGUAUGAUAUUUUGGCUGUGGAUCUGAGUUGAUCAAUCUGCUUAGUGGACUUGAGUCCCCCCCACCCCCCCUUGUCUGACUGGGGCUCCUGGGAGGAAUUUGAAUAAAGAAAACUAUGAUACUUCAGGCCCAUCUUCACUCCCUGUGUCUUCUUAUGCUUUAUUUGGCAACUGGAUAUGGCCAAGAGGGGAAGUUUAGUGGACCCCUGAAACCCAUGACAUUUUCUAUUUAUGAAGGCCAAGAACCGAGUCAAAUUAUAUUCCAGUUUAAGGCCAAUCCUCCUGCUGUGACUUUUGAACUAACUGGGGAGACAGACAACAUAUUUAUGAUAGAACGGGAGGGACUUCUGUAUUGCACCAGAGCCUUGGACAGGGAAACAAGAUCUACUCACAAUCUCCAGGUUGCAGCCCUGGACGCUAAUGGAAUUAUAGUGGAGGGUCCAGUCCCCAUCACCAUAGAAGUGAAGGACAUCAAUGACAAUCGACCCAUGUUUCUCCAGUCAAAGUACGAAGGCUCAGUAAGGCAGAACUCUCGCCCAGGAAAGCCCUUCUUGUACGUCAAUGCCACAGACCUGGAUGAUCCGGCCACUCCCAAUGGCCAGCUUUAUUACCAGAUUGUCAUCCAGCUUCCCAUGAUCAACAAUGUCAUGUACUUUCAGAUCAACAACAAAACGGGAGCCAUCUCUCUUACCCGAGAGGGAUCUCAGGAAUUGAAUCCUGCUAAGAAUCCUUCCUAUAAUCUGGUGAUCUCAGUGAAGGACAUGGGAGGCCAGAGUGAGAAUUCCUUCAGUGAUACCACAUCUGUGGAUAUCAUAGUGACAGAGAAUAUUUGGAAAGCACCAAAACCUGUGGAGAUGGUGGAAAACUCAACUGAUCCUCACCCCAUCAAAAUCACUCAGGUGCGGUGGAAUGAUCCCGGUGCACGAUAUUCCUUAGUUGACAAAGAGAAGCUGCCAAGAUUCCCAUUUUCAAUUGACCAGGAAGGAGAUAUUUACGUGACUCAGCCCUUGGACCGAGAAGAAAAGGAUGCAUAUGUUUUUUAUGCAGUUGCAAAGGAUGAGUACGGAAAACCACUUUCAUAUCCGCUGGAAAUUCAUGUAAAAGUUAAAGAUAUUAAUGAUAAUCCACCUACAUGUCCAUCACCAGUGACCGUAUUUGAGGUCCAGGAGAAUGAACGAUUGGGUAACAGUAUUGGGACCCUUACUGCACAUGACAGGGAUGAAGAAAAUACUGCCAACAGUUUUCUAAACUACAGGAUUGUGGAGCAAACUCCCAAACUUCCCAUGGAUGGACUCUUCCUAAUCCAAACCUAUGCUGGAAUGUUACAGUUAGCUAAACAGUCCUUGAAGAAGCAAGAUACUCCUCAGUACAACUUAACGAUAGAGGUGUCUGACAAAGAUUUCAAGACCCUUUGUUUCGUGCAAAUCAACAUUAUUGAUAUCAAUGAUCAGAUCCCCAUCUUUGAAAAAUCAGAUUAUGGAAACCUGACUCUUGCUGAAGACACAAACGUUGGGUCCACCAUCUUAACCAUCCAGGCCACUGAUGCUGAUGAGCCAUUUACUGGGAGUUCUAAAAUUCUGUAUCAUAUCAAAAAGGGAGACAGUGAGGGACGCCUGGGGGUUGACACAGAUCCCCAUACCAACACCGGAUAUGUCAUAAUUAAAAAGCCUCUUGAUUUUGAAACAGCAGCUGUUUCCAACAUUGUGUUCAAAGCAGAAAAUCCUGAGCCUCUAGUGUUUGGUGUGACGUACAAUGCAAGUUCUUUUGCCAAGUUCACGCUUAUUGUGACAGAUGUGAAUGAAGCACCUCAAUUUUCCCAACACGUAUUCCAAGCGAAAGUCAGUGAGGAUGUAGCUAUAGGCACUAAAGUGGGCAAUGUGACUGCCAAGGAUCCAGAAGGUCUGGACAUAAGCUAUUCACUGAGGGGAGACGCAAGAGGUUGGCUUAAAAUUGACCACGUGACUGGUGAGAUCUUUAGUGUGGCUCCAUUGGACAGAGAAGCCGGAAGUCCAUAUCGGGUACAAGUGGUGGCCACAGAAGUAGGGGGGUCUUCCUUGAGCUCUGUGUCAGAGUUCCACCUGAUCCUUAUGGAUGUGAAUGACAACCCUCCCAGGCUAGCCAAGGACUACACGGGCUUGUUCUUCUGCCAUCCCCUCAGUGCACCUGGAAGUCUCAUUUUCGAGGCUACUGAUGAUGAUCAGCACUUAUUUCGGGGUCCCCAUUUUACAUUUUCCCUCGGCAGUGGAAGCUUACAAAACGACUGGGAAGUUUCCAAAAUCAAUGGUACUCAUGCCCGACUGUCUACCAGGCACACAGACUUUGAGGAGAGGGAGUAUGUCGUCUUGAUCCGCAUCAAUGAUGGGGGUCGGCCACCCUUGGAAGGCAUUGUUUCUUUACCAGUUACGUUCUGCAGUUGUGUGGAAGGAAGUUGUUUCCGGCCAGCAGGUCGCCAGACUGGGAUACCCACUGUGGGCAUGGCGGUUGGUAUACUGCUGACCACCCUUCUGGUGAUUGGUAUAAUUUUAGCAGUUGUGUUUAUCCGCAUAAAGAAGGAUAAAGGCAAAGAUAAUGUUGAAAGUGCUCAAGCAUCUGAAGUCAAACCUCUGAGAAGCUGAAUUUGAAAAGGAAUGUUUGAAUUUAUAUAGCAAGUGCUAUUUCAGCAACAACCAUCUCAUCCUAUUACUUUUCAUCUAACGUGCAUUAUAAUUUUUUAAACAGAUAUUCCCUCUUGUCCUUUAAUAUUUGCUAAAUAUUUCUUUUUUGAGGUGGAGUCUUGCUCUGUCGCCCAGGCUGGAGUACAGUGGUGCGAUCCCAGCUCACUGCAACCUCCGCCUCCUGGGUUCACGUGAUUCUCCUGCCUCAGCUUCCUAAGUAGCUGGGCUUACAGGCACCCACCACCAUGCCCAGCUAAUUUUUGUAUUUUUAAUAGAGACGGGGUUUCGCCAUUUGGCCAGGCUGGUCUUGAACUCCUGACCUCAAGUGAUCUGCCUGCCUUGGUCUCCCAAUACAGGCAUGAACCACUGCACCCACCUACUUAGAUAUUUCAUGUGCUAUAGACAUUAGAGAUAUUUUUCAUUUUCCCAUGACAUUUUUCCUCUCUGCAAAUGGCUUAGCUACUUGUGUUUUUCCCUUUUGGGGCAAGACAGACUCAUUAAAUAUUCUGUACAUUUUUUCUUUAUCAAGGAGAUAUAUCAGUGUUGUCUCAUAGAACUGCCUGGAUUCCAUUUAUGUUUCUUCUGAUUCCAUCCUGUGUCCCCUUCAUCCUUGACUCCUUUGGUAUUUCACUGAAUUUCAAACAUUUGUCAGAGAAGAAAAAAGUGAGGACUCAGGAAAAAUAAAUAAAUAAAAGAACAGCCUUUGCCCUUAGUAUUAACAGAAAUGUUUCUGUGUCAUUAACCAUCUUUAACCAAUGUGACAUGUUGCUCUUUGGCUGAAAUUCUUCAACUUGGAAAUGACACAGACCCACAGAAGGUGUUCAAACACAACCUACUCUGCAAACCUUGGUAAAGGAACCAGUCAGCUGGCCAGAUUUCCUCACUACCUGCCAUGCAUACAUGCUGCGCAUGUUUUCUUUAUUUGUAUGUUAGUAAAGUUUUGGUUAUUAUAUAUUUAACAUGUGGAAGAAAACAAGACAUGAAAAGAGUGGUGACAAAUCAAGAAUAAACAUUGGUUGUAGUCA